UAGGAGUAAAAGAGCACUAAUAUCUUAAGCAUAAAGGGAAAGGUUUAUCAAAGAGAGGAAAAACCUUUUCACUGCGCAGCUGCUGCUACUUUCUGGCAACACAGUCUUAGGAGCGAGUUUUAAAAUUGCAGGACGUUGUUCUCAAGGUUUUGAGCAGUUCUAGAUUUUUAUCAUACCAGUUGAAAGAAUUUCUGAGAGCUAAAAUGGAAUCUGAUGCACUGACAUGGGGAGACAAACUGGUACUGAGGGGAUUAUCAUUCUAUGGCUUUCAUGGAGCAAAACCAGAAGAAAGGAAACUGGGCCAGAAGUUCGUGGUAGAUAUAGAUGCUUGGAUGGAUCUCGCAGCUGCUGGCAAAACUGAUCACUUAUCAGAUACAGUCAGUUACACAACAAUAUAUGAUAUAGCCAAGGAAGUUCUUGAAGGGUCACCUCACAACCUUCUGGAAUCAGUGGCCCAAAAAAUUGCAAUAGCAACUAUGACAAAUCAUAAAGAAAUUUUAGCUGUUCGAGUGAAGGUUGGAAAGCCUCAUGUGGCAGUUCGAGGUCCAGUUGAGUACUUAGGCGUUGAGAUUUAUAGGCGGAGGAGUGAUUUGUCAGCCUAAAUUUUCACAUUUGUUUUGGUUCCAUUCUCAGUUACUGCUACAAGGUUUUUAUAUUUUCAAGAUCCAUUUGAUGCAAAAGUAAUGUAACUCUUUCCCAUGUUUGGUAUGGCCGGAAGAACUGCUCAUAAUAGUUUCCAUAUUUUCAUCUUGUUUAGUAAUGUAGUUGGGGUGUAAUGUGUGUAUCAUCUGCCAUCCCAACUGAAGAAUUUUGUUCAUAUUCUUGCAUUACAAUAUAUUGAAAUCAUUACUCAACGAAAGUUUUUGUCUUAUUAUUA